CUAGCUUCAUCCCCGUGCGCUGUGCCUGGCUGCGCUGCGCCACACGACCGGCGACCACUACGCUGUAAUCGUGGUCAUCGUGGCGCAUGGAUGUGCAUGUUUUUCUGUUUUACGAUAUAACAUUUUAAUAAAAUAACUUGACAAAAUAUUGAAAUAAUUUUACAACAGUUUUGUUAUAUAAUUAAAAUUAUUGUCUGAAUAUUAAAGUGUGCUAUAAAAUAGAAAUAUAUUUCUUCAUGCCACGUGGAGGUUAGAAGCUUGAAAUUGUUUAUACGGCUUAUUGAAAUAGAAAAGCUAUCGAGGAGUUUAUAGGUUAAAUGGGUCGCAAAGCAAAAUUUGAUAAAGAGGUUUCCAGUGGUCGUGGAAAGAAGGCAAAAAAGCAGGGCGAUCCAAUAUUUCCAAAAGGAGUUCUAAUUAAAGAAUCAAAUAAAUUAAGUCAUCGACAGAAGCUAAGAGCAAAGAAGAGAUUAUUGAAAAAAAAUGCAAGAGAAUUGCUCAAAAAGAAAACUAAUAUGAAGGAAGAACAAAUACAAUUAAAAAAUAAAGAAGAUGUAUUAAAUCAGCAAAAAUGGAAAAAAGAGAAAAAAGUAAAAUUUGUCAAUGACCGUUCUCACAAAAAGAUGGAAAUUUUGACUGAUCGAGGAUCAAAACUGGAAACAAAAGUAAAGCAAACUAAAAAGAAAGAAAAGGUGAAACAAAAAGAUACAACUAAAAAUAUAGGAAGUAAUAAUGAUGAGAAUUGUUAUAGUGAAGAUGAUAAAAUGGAAGUGUAUUCUAAUAAUCAAGUAUCUAAAUUAAAUAAGAAAACAAAGCAAAGUAAGAAAAUAAAAAGCCUAAAAGCUAAGGCUGAUAUAGAAAGUGACAGUGAUGAUCAUAUGCUAUUUAACGAUAAUGAUGACAUUGAGGAAAAUGAAGAUGGACGAAUGAACGAAGAGGAUACGAGCCGAGAUGACACUCGACUGCUUUCUACAGCGAAAUCAAAAAAAAUCUUGAGGAAAAAACAAAAAUUUAUGGAAGAUAUAGAAAAUGACAGCGAAGAAAUAGCAUCCAGUGAUGAGGAAGAAUCUGUUGAAGAUGAACAAAUGGAAGAUGAAGAGGAUACGAGCCGAGAUAAUAAUCGACUACUUUCUACAGCAAAAUCAAAAAAAAUCUUGAAGAAAACGAAACAAAAAUUUAUGGAAGAUGAUAUAGAAAGUGUCAAUGAAGAAGUAGCAUCCAGUGAUGAACAAUCUGUUCAAGAUGAGCAAAUGGAAGAGGAAAAUGAUAAAAGUGAUGAUAAUGAUUUACUUCCCAUAGAAAAAGCUAAUAAGAAAUUGAAAAAGAGGAAGGAGAAAGAAGACAAACUUGCAAAGGAAGAAAUGGAUGAUAUGAUGUCGCAACAAAGUGUGUUUUCCUUUCCAACUGAAAAAGAGCUUGCCAAUAUUACUAGCUUAAAAGAUAUUCAGCAACGAAUACAAGAUGUUAUCCUAGUAUUAAAAGAUUUCAAGAGAUUUCGAGAGAAAAAUAGAUCACGUUCUGAAUAUAUUGAACUACUUCGGCGAGAUUUGUGUACAUAUUAUAGUUACAACGAUUUCCUAAUGGAAAAACUGAUGCAGCUAUUCUCACUGGAUGAAUUAUCAGAAUUUUUGGAAGCGAGUGAAGUACAAAGACCUAUGACUAUCCGCGUGAAUACCUUGAAAACGCGACGACGCGAUUUAGCUGAGGCUCUCAUUAAUAGAGGUGUUAAUCUUGACCCAAUAGCAAAAUGGACACAGAUUGGUUUGGUAGUGUAUUCCACACAAGUGCCUAUGGGUGCAACACCGGAAUAUCUGGCUGGACAUUAUAUUAUACAAGGUGCUUCUAGUUUUCUGCCCGUAAUGGCGCUGGACCCGAAAGAAAAUGAAAGAAUUCUUGAUAUGUGUGCCGCGCCAGGCGGUAAAGCCUCGCACAUUGCUGCUAUUAUGAAAAAUACAGGGACACUAUUCGCUAACGACAUAAAUAAAGAACGAUUAAAAGCCGUUGUUGGCAAUUUUCACAGACUCGGUAUUGUCAAUUCUAUAAUCUGUAGUUAUGAUGGACGAAAAUUUCUUAAGGUAAUGAAAGGCUUCGACAGAGUUUUGUUGGAUGCUCCAUGUACUGGUACAGGGGUAGUUGCGAAAGAUCCCAGUGUGAAGGCGAAUAAAGCGGAAAUAGACAUUCAACGUUGCUGCACGUUACAAAGAGAACUGUUAUUAGCUGCAAUCGAUUGUGUUAACGCGCGUUCAGAAACGGGUGGUAUUAUCGUUUAUUCAACUUGCUCGAUUCUACCAGAGGAGAACGAGUGGGUCAUCGAUUAUGCUCUUAAGAAGCGAGACGUUAAGUUACUGCCUACCGACUUGGAAUUUGGGACUGAUGGUUUCACGAGCUACAGGCAACAUCGAUUUCAUCCCACGUUGAAAUUAACUAAACGGUUUUACCCACAUGUACAUAAUAUGGAUGGUUUCUUUGUGGCAAAACUGAAAAAAUUUUCCAACAAUGUUCUUAAUCAGAAAGAUGUAAAGGAAGAAAUAUCUAAUUAAAAUUUUAUCAAAAAUU